GCGGCAGCGACGACGCUUUAAACAGAAAAAAAACUGUCUCCCUGGCUCGGGGCCAGCAUCCCAGCCCCCCUCGCCGCCGCCGCGCCGCGCUCCAGCCAGGGAAAACAACUGCUCACUUCUCCCUGAGUCCGCCCCGCGCGCUCCCUGCUUCCCGGCGGCCGCGGGAGCCCAGCCCGGCCGGGGGAGGCGCGGAGCGGGCCGGCCGCCCGGCCUUCCUCUCCCCUCGCUCCUCCUCUCCGCCUCAACUUGCUCCGGCCUCCUCGCUCCGGCCUCAGGUUGGGGCCUCCGCAGGCCCUCGGCCCCGGCUCGUGGCUGGGCUCCUUCCCGGGGCGGUGGAAGUUUCUGGGCUCCCCGCAGUCCAGCUUCCAUCUCUUUGCCUCUCACUGGGCCCGCGCCCGCGCCUGCUGUCCCCUCCCCGCGCGCUUCCUCCCAUCCUCUCCCUCGCUGCCCUCUCUACUCCUCUCCCGGGGCUCCCGGCUUGCGGUUCCCCUCGGGCGCCGGGACCAUCGCCCCUGCCCGGGCGCGCCCCCCGGGUCCUGCGGCCCCGGAUGCCCGGGGCCCGUGGGGCUGCUGGCGGCCUGGCCCCUGAGAUGCGCGGGGCGGGGGCGGCGGGGCUGCUGGCGCUGCUGCUGCUGCUGCUGCUGCUGCUGCUGCUGGGCCCGGGUGGCGGGGCCGAGGGGGGGCCGGCGGGCGAGAGGGGCGCUGGCGGGGGCGGGGCGCUGGCCCGCGAGCGCUUCAAGGUGGUCUUUGCGCCGGUGAUCUGCAAGCGGACCUGUCUCAAGGGCCAGUGUCGGGACAGUUGUCAGCAGGGCUCCAACAUGACGCUCAUCGGAGAGAACGGCCACAGCACCGAUACGCUCACGGGCUCCGGCUUCCGCGUGGUGGUGUGCCCUCUGCCCUGCAUGAACGGCGGCCAGUGCUCCUCCCGAAACCAGUGCCUGUGUCCCCCGGACUUCACCGGUCGCUUCUGCCAGGUGCCCGCUGGAGGAACUGGCGGGGGCACUGGCGGCUCAGGCCCUGGGCUUGGUCGGGCUGGGGCCCUGUCCACAGGCGCGCUGCCUCCCUUGGCUCCGGAAGGCGAGUCUGUGGCCAGCAAGCACGCCAUCUACGCGGUCCAGGUGAUCGCCGAUCCGCCGGGGCCUGGGGAGGGGCCCCCUGCCCAGCAUGCAGCCUUCCUGGUGCCCCUCGGGCCAGGACAGAUCUCAGCGGAAGUGCAGGCCCCACCCCCCGUGGUGAACGUGCGCGUCCACCACCCGCCCGAGGCCUCCGUCCAAGUGCACCGCAUCGAAGGGCCCAACGCCGAGGGCCCGGCCCCCUCCCAGCACCUGCUGCCGCACCCCAAGCCUCCGCAUCCUCGGCCACCCACCCAGAAGCCCCUGGGCCGCUGCUUCCAGGACACGCUGCCCAAGCAGCCCUGUGGCAGCAAUCCCCUCCCCGGCCUCACCAAGCAGGAAGACUGCUGUGGAAGCAUCGGCACAGCCUGGGGCCAGAGCAAGUGUCACAAGUGCCCCCAGCUGCAGUACACAGGGGUGCAGAAGCCAGGGCCUGUACGUGGGGAGGUGGGCACUGACUGCCCCCAGGGCUACAAGAGGCUCAACAGCACACACUGCCAGGACAUCAAUGAGUGCGCGAUGCCAGGCAUGUGUCGCCAUGGUGACUGCCUCAACAACCCUGGCUCCUAUCGCUGUGUCUGCCCACCUGGCCAUAGCUUGGGCCCCUCCCGCACACAGUGCAUCGCGGACAAGCCAGAGGAGAAGAGCCUAUGUUUCCGCCUGGUGAGUCCUGAGCACCAGUGCCAGCACCCGCUGACCACGCGCCUCACCCGUCAACUCUGCUGCUGCAGUGUUGGCAAGGCCUGGGGCACCAGGUGCCAGCGCUGCCCAGCUGAUGGCACUGCUGCCUUCAAGGAGAUCUGUCCAGCUGGGAAGGGGUACCACAUCCUCACCUCCCACCAGACGCUCACCAUUCAGGGUGAAAGUGACUUUUCCCUUUUCCUGCACCCUGAUGGGCCACCCAAGCCCCAGCAGCUCCCUGAGAGCCCCAGCCGGGCACCACCACCUGAGGACACAGAGGAAGAGAGAGGGGUGAGCACAGACUCACCAGUGAUCGAAGAGCAGUCCGCGCAGCAGAGCCAUCCGACUGUCACCACAUCUCCUGCCCGGCCCUACCCUGAGCUGAUCUCCCGGCCCUCGCCGCCCUGGUUCCUGCCCGACUUGCCCCCGUCCCGAAGUGCGGUAGAGAUCGCCCCUACUCAGGUCACAGAGACGGACGAGUGCCGACUGAACCAGAACAUCUGUGGCCACGGGGAGUGCGUCCCGGGACCCUCGGACUAUUCCUGCCAUUGUAACCCGGGCUACCGGUCGCAUCCGCAGCACCGCUACUGCGUGGACGUGAACGAGUGCGAGGCGGAGCCGUGCGGCGCCGGGAGGGGCAUCUGCAUGAACACCGGCGGCUCCUACAACUGCCACUGCAACCGCGGCUACCGCCUGCACGUCGGCGCCGGGGGACGCUCGUGCGUGGACCUGAACGAGUGCGCCAAGCCCCACCUGUGCGGCGACGGCGGCUUCUGCAUCAACUUUCCCGGUCACUACAAGUGCAACUGCUACUCCGGCUACCGGCUCAAAACCUCUCGACCGCCCGUGUGCGAAGACAUCGACGAGUGCCGAGACCCUAGCUCCUGCCCGGAUGGCAAAUGCGAGAACAAGCCUGGGAGCUUCAAGUGCAUUGCCUGUCUUCCCGGCUACCGCAGCCAGGGGGGAGGGGCCUGCCGCGACGUGAACGAGUGCGCCGAGGGCAGCCCCUGCUCUCCCGGCUGGUGCGAGAACCUCCCGGGCUCCUUCCGCUGCACGUGCGCCCAGGGCUAUGCGCCCGCGCCGGACGGCCGCAGUUGCCUGGAUGUGGAUGAGUGUGAGGCUGGGGACAUGUGUGACAACGGCAUCUGCACCAACACGCCAGGCUCCUUCCAGUGUCAGUGCCUCUCUGGCUACCAUCUGUCAAGGGACCGGAGCCACUGUGAGGACAUUGAUGAGUGUGACUUUCCCGCAGCCUGCAUUGGGGGUGAUUGCAUCAACACCAAUGGCUCCUAUCGAUGUCUCUGUCCCCAGGGGCAUCGGCUGGUAGGCGGCCGGAAGUGCCAAGACAUAGAUGAGUGCAGCCAGGACCCGGGUCUGUGCCUUCCCCACGGGGCCUGCGAGAACCUGCAGGGCUCCUACAUUUGCGUCUGCGAUGAAGGCUUCACGCCCACCCAGGACCAGCAUGGCUGUGAGGAGGUGGAGCAGCCCCACCACAAGAAGGAGUGCUACCUUAACUUCGAUGACACCGUGUUCUGCGACAGUGUGCUGGCCACCAAUGUCACCCAGCAGGAGUGCUGCUGCUCCCUGGGGGCUGGCUGGGGAGACCACUGCGAGAUCUAUCCCUGCCCAGUCUACAGCUCAGCUGAGUUCCACAGCCUUUGCCCGGACGGGAAGGGCUACACCCAGGACAACAACAUUGUCAACUACGGCAUCCCAACCCACCGUGACAUCGACGAAUGCUUAUUGUUUGGGGCGGAGAUCUGCAAGGAGGGCAAGUGCGUGAACACGCAACCUGGCUACGAGUGCUAUUGCAAGCAAGGCUUCUACUACGACGGGAACCUGCUGGAAUGCGUGGACGUGGACGAGUGCUUGGACGAGUCUAAUUGCCGGAACGGAGUGUGUGAGAACACGCGCGGUGGCUACCGCUGCGCCUGCACGCCCCCGGCCGAGUACAGCCCGGCGCAGCGCCAGUGUCUGAGCCCAGAGGAGAUGGACGUGGACGAGUGCCAGGACCCCGCAGCCUGCCGCCCUGGCCGCUGCGUCAACCUGCCGGGCUCCUACCGCUGCGAGUGCCGCCCGCCCUGGGUGCCCGGGCCCUCUGGCCGCGACUGCCAGCUCCCCGAGAGCCCGGCCGAGCGUGCCCCGGAGCGGCGGGACGUGUGCUGGAGCCAGCGCGGAGAGGACGGCAUGUGUGCGGGCCCCCUGGCCGGGCCCGCCCUCACCUUCGACGACUGCUGCUGUCGCCAGGGCCGAGGUUGGGGAGCCCAGUGCCGCCCGUGCCCGCCGCGCGGCGCCGGGUCCCAGUGCCCGACGUCGCAGAGUGAGAGCAAUUCCUUCUGGGACGCGAGUCCCCUGCUGCUGGGAAAACCCCCGCGAGAAGAGGACAGCUCGGAGGAGGAUUCAGACGAGUGCCGCUGCGUGAGCGGCCGCUGUGUGCCUCGGCCGGGCGGCGCAGUGUGCGAGUGUCCUGGUGGCUUCCAGCUAGACGCCUCCCGCGUGCGCUGCGUCGACAUCGACGAGUGCCGAGAGCUGAACCAGCGCGGGCUACUAUGCAAGAGCGAGCGCUGCGUGAACACGAGCGGUUCCUUCCGCUGCGUCUGCAAAGCUGGCUUCGCGCGCAGCCGCCCGCAUGGAGCUUGCGUGCCCCAGCGUCGCCGCUGACACCACCCUCGGUCUGGACCUCGGCAAUCACCGAGGAGUUUCUGACCGACACUUGGGGCGAGCUCCGCCUCUCGCUUGUGCCCUGACUCGGGGCUCGGACCCAGGGACCCUUCGGGGCCCGCAGACCCCUUCCCCGAGCCCCAUGUUCCAAGGGUGCCCAUACCAGCUCCACCCGGUUCAUAGGCAGAUGUUGGGUCUCUGGCGCUGCCGGCCUUCCUUCCAGAGGGCGUUUCCCAGAAAGUGAUAAAUCAGAUCGUGCCUCUUUACUCUGGGUUUUCGAAGUAAAUUGAUGUUCAUGUCCGUGGUGGGCGCGGUCUCCGAAGGGCAGCACCAGACCCCAGCCUCCUCGGAGGGGCUAGACUGAGCCCAGCACAGGGGGUGCGAAAUAGAAUUUAUUGUGGCUCUGAUUAUGUAUAUGUGAGAUGUGCCUGGCCAGGCCGGCCGGGCUCCCAGGGUUUGUACAAUAAAUACAUCUGCGGGGCCUGCUCUCCGAGGCUGGGAAGCACCCACACCCGCGGUUCAGUCCA